CUAGUAGGACAAAAACCAUUUCCUCAUCCUCUCUCCGCGAAGUAGUCCACCCCACCAACGCAAUGGCGGAGAAACAGCUGAUCGUGGCCGUUGAAGGCACCGCCGCCAUGGGUCCCUUCUGGCAAUCCAUUGUUUCCGACUACCUCGACAAGAUCAUCAGGAUUUUUUGUGCUACCGAAUUGGCAGGGCAGAAGCCAUCUGCUUCUAAUGUGGCGCUCUCUCUAGUCACAUUUCAUGCUCAUGGAUCCUAUAGUGGUUGCUUAGUGCAGAGGAGUGGCUGGACAAGAGAUGUUGAUAUUUUCUUGCAUUGGCUGUCUGCUAUGCCCUUUGCCGGUGGAGGAUACAAUGAUGUUGCUAUUGCAGAAGGACUUGCUGAAGCUAUCAUGAUGUUUUCUGGGGUAUGUGGAAGCCAAACUCAACAAAAUGUAGCUGGGCAUAGGCACUGCAUUCUGGUUGCAUCAAGCAAUCCUUAUCCCUUGCCCACGCCAGUUUAUCGACCGCAAGUGCAGAAUUUGGAACAGGGUGAAAACAUUGAGGCGCAAACACAGAGUCGUUUAUCAGAUGCUGAGACAGUUGCUAAGUCAUUUGGUCAGUCUUCUGUUUCUUUGUCAGUCAUUUGUCCAAAACAACUUCCAAAACUGAAAUCAAUCUACAAUGCGGGAAAACGCAAUCCUCGAGCAGCUGAUCCCCCAGUGGAUAAUGUGAAAAAUCCUCAUUUCCUUGUUCUAAUCUCAGAGGAUUUUAUGGAGGCUCGUGCUGCUUUAAGUCGGCCGGGAAUUACAAGUUUAGCAUCCGGUCAAAGUCCUGUAAAGAUGGAUAUAGCUUCAGUUCCUCCAGUUUCAGCACCACCACCAACUUCUGUUCCACCAGGUUUAAAUGGAUCUAUCAUGAACCGGCAACCAAUACCUCUCGGAAACAUACCCCCUGCAACUGUGAAAGUUGAGCCGAGCACUGUUAGUUCCAUGGUAUCUGGUCCUUCUUUUCCACAUAUUCAGUCUGUUCCUCGACCGACUUCUCAAGGAGUCCCAAGCUUGCAAACAUCUUCACCAAUGUCUUCUUCUCAAGAAAUGGCCUCAAUUAAUGACAAUAUUCAAGAUUUAAAACCCAUAGUUAGUGGCAUGGCCCAGCCUUUGCGUCCUGUAGGUCCAGCUGCGGCAAACGUGAGUAUUCUGAACAAUCUCUCUCAAGCACGGCAAGUGAUGAACUCUGCUGCCCUUUCCGGGGGAAGUUCCAUAGGACUUCAAUCAAUUGGCCCAACUCCGAUGGCCAUGCACAUGUCAAACAUGAUAUCCAGCGGAAUGUCAUCUUCUGUGCCUCCUGCUCAAACUGUACUAACAUCUGGUCAAUCAGUAAUCACUUCAAUUGCUGGUUCUGGGACACUCACAGGAACUGCACAGGCGGCACAAAACCCAGCUCCUGGUUCAUUCACUUCUGCUACAUCUAAUAAUAUGUCUGGGACUUCAAAUCUGAGCAUGUCGCAACAAUUGGGUAAUCUCCAAGGAGGUGUUACUAUGGGUCAAUCAGUACCUGGCAUGAACCAAGCUAAUCUUCCUGGACCUCAGAUGGUACAGAGUGGAAUCGGCAUGAAUCAAAACAUGAUGAGCGGCCUUGGCCCAUCUGGUAUUUCUUCUGGAACUGGCACAAUGAUUCCUACUCCCGGCAUGACUCAGCAACUACAACCAGGAAUGCAGUCUCUUGGUGUCAAUAACAGUUCGGGUGCCAAUAUGCCCAUGUCCCAACAGACAACAAGUGGGCUGCAAUCAGCACAAUCUAAAUAUGUUAAAGUUUGGGAGGGAAACUUAUCCGGGCAGAGACAAGGCCAACCUGUUUUUAUCACAAGGCUGGAAGGUUAUAGGAGUGCAUCGGCUUGUGAGACGCUUGCAGCAAAUUGGCCGCCAACAAUGCAAAUAGUUCGGCUUAUAUCUCAGGAUCACAUGAACAACAAGCAAUAUGUUGGAAAGGCAGAUUUUUUAGUUUUCCGUGCAAUGAAUCAGCAUGGAUUUCUUGGACAGCUACAAGAAAAGAAGCUUUGUGCAGUAAUACAGCUACCGUCGCAGACAUUGCUGUUGUCUGUCUCUGACAAAGCCUGCCGCUUGAUUGGAAUGCUUUUCCCUGGGGAUAUGGUUGUGUUCAAGCCACAAAUAUCAGGUCAGCAGCAACAACAGCAGCAGUUGCAGCAGCAGCAGCAAAUGCAAGCACACCAACAGCAUCCACAGUUACAACAGCAACAACUACCUCAGAUGCAACCUCAGAUGCAACAACAACAACAUACACUUUCACAGAUGCAGCAACAUCAAACACUUUCGCAGAUGCAGCAACAGCAGCAGCAAACGAUUCCUCAGAUGCAGCAACAACAAACGCUUCCACCAAUGCAGCAACAACAAAUUCCGCAGUUACAGCAACAACCAUCGCAUCAAAUGGGUCAAGCUUAUGUUCAAGGUCCAAGCAGGUCGCAGUUAGUAUCUCAGGGACAAGUGUCAUCACAAGGGCCACCGAGUAUGCCUGGAGGAGGCUUUCUAAACUAAUGAGAACUAUUUUGCAUAUGAGAGGAAAUCGUGCAGUAAACAAUUCUGCCGUUGAACAGAAAUUUCAGAUAAGCGAUGAAACUUAAUUGUACCAGAUGUUCGCAACAGUUAUAAAAGGCUAUGGUUUUGAGCUUGUCA